AUGGUGGUCAACGAGCACACGGCGCUAUGGCCGUCGUCCACCAUCUCCUCCAUAGACGCAGAGCUGGCCCAGACGGCCAGACACGAAGGCCACACGGACCUCUUUGCUGCACGACCGACGCGGCACGUGAUCCGCACGUUGACUGCUGCUGGUGUUCUAUUGGCCAUUGCCAUCUCGUUCAUGCAUGGCUCGACGCUGUUCACGGCGGUGCAGGGGGCAGCAGACGGGGUGCAGCUGGCAGCGACAGUCGAUGAAAGCAGUGUAUUUGAAGAUGCGGUGCUGUUUCUACCGGGCUUUGGAGCACCGUUAGAGAAACAGUAUGCCGGGUUGGUCGGCGUCAACAGCACGUACGCGGGCAAGUUGUUCUACUGGUUCUUCGAGACACGUGCGUCCAUGCAGGUUGAUGAGCGAACGCCUUUGGUCCUGUGGCUCAAUGGAGGACCUGGUGCAUCGUCGAUGACUGGCUUGCUUGCGGAAAUGGGACCUUAUCGUCUUACGAAGGAACGGAAGCUGAUCCCGCAUAAGUACUCGUGGACGAACGUUGGCCACAUGCUCUUCUUUGACCAACCAGUAGGCACAGGCUACUCGUCUGUGCGCGACGAGGCCGGGCAUGUGAAUACGCAGGAGGAGGUAUCGCAACAACUCUACCGAGGACUCCAAGCGUUUUACAAGCGUCACCCGGAGUACAAGCACAACCCGUUGUAUGUAUGCGGAGAAUCGUACGCCGGUAAAUAUGCUCCGUCGAUCUCGCACUACAUCCACGUAAAGAAUAGCGGCGUACUGGAUGAUGACGACGUUGAGAUCAAUCUGACGGGGGUCGCCAUUGGCAAUGGUGACAUGUGGCCUGUGUUGCAGACUCGCUCUGUGCCGGACUUUGCGAUCGCGCUGGGGUUGAUCGAUUCGCAGCAGUACGAAGACGCGAAUGCACAAAUCAGCAUAUGCGAGGAACUGCACCGACAAGGUCGCGACGUGGAUGCCUUUCGGGUAUGCCAAGCUGUCACGGAGAAGAUUUAUGAGGCCGCGGGGAACCCGUAUAUUUAUGACAUCCGUCAGUCAGGCAAUGCAUUCACGGACCUGAGCGCAGUGCUGUCUAGUUUCUUCAACGACGACGCCGUGCGUCGAGCACUGAACGUGCCCCCGGGCACACUAUGGAACUCAGUGGACGGGUCUGCCUACGGCACAUCACCAUCGGCACCGGCCCUUGCGCGUCAUUUGCUGCAGGACGAGAUGCUAGACGUGCCCAUCGAUGUGUUUCGUGACCUGCUGGACAACUACAAGUUCCUCUUCUACGCUGGGAACAUGGACGGCUCGGUUUGCAACAACUUAGGCGUAGGGCGCAUCAUCGAUCGACUCGCGUGGAAGGACACGGCCAAAUAUCGCGUGGCCAAGCGGCAGCCCUGGAGCGUGGACAGCCGCGUCGCAGGGCUAGUCAAGGCUGCUGGGAACAUGAGCUUCGUCGUUGUACUGAACUCGGGGCACCUCGUGCCUACAGACCAGCCGGAAGCUGCAUUGGAUAUGAUGCGGCGGUUCAUCAACAACGAGCCCUUCUGCACGCCGUUGCAAUAG